AUGAUAUUUUUCAUUUUACUUGUGAUCAUUGUUUGUAUAUUAUGUGUCCAUUUAAUAAUUCAGACCAAGUUUCAUUACGUUCCAGAAAGUAUUUGUAUUGUUUUAAUAGGCGCUUUUAUUGGACUUAUGUUUCAUGUUUUUGAGUUUGGAAAUUGGAAAAAUGAAGAAACUUUUUCACCAACAAUAUUUUUUAUUGUACUUCUACCACCAAUUAUUUUUGAAUCUGGGUACAAUUUACAUAAAGGAAACUUUUUCCAGAAUAUUGGAUCCAUUCUAGUUUUUGCAGUAUUCGGAACAGCUUUGUCGGCAGUGACAGUGGCUGGUGGAAUCUACUUAUUAGGUAAAGCAGGAGUAGCUUAUAAGCUUAAUCUAAUAGAAAGUUUUGCGUUUGGUUCUCUGAUUUCAGCUGUGGAUCCUGUUGCUACAUUGGCUAUAUUUCAAGCUAUAGAUGUCGAUCCUAUAUUGUACAUGUUGGUAUUUGGAGAAAGUGUAUUAAAUGAUGCCGUCUCUAUUGUAUUAACCACUACUGUUUUAGAAUUCCAAGAUCCAAGCACAGCUAUAAUGAGUGGUGCCUCUAUAUUUUUUCAUGCUGUAGGAAGAUUUUGUUUGAUGUUUUUUGGAUCUGCUGCCAUUGGUGUUUGUUUUGCAUUGAUUAGUGCUGUUAUACUAAAACACAUAGAUCUACAUAAAACUCCUUCUUUAGAAUUUGGAUUCAUGUUCAUUUUUUCAUAUCUACCAUACGGUUUAGCGGAAGGUCUGCAUUUGUCAGGAAUCAUGGCAAUAUUAUUUGCAGGAAUUGUGAUGUCACAUUAUACUCAUCAUAACUUAUCACCAGUCACCCAAAUAACCAUUCAACAAACAUUCCGUACAGUGGCCUUUAUAGCAGAAACAUCUGUAUUUGCCUAUCAGGGACUAGCCAUUUUUAGUUUCAAACACGAAGUAAAGUAUGCUUUUACUAUAUGGAGUAUAUUUCUCAUUCUUCUUGGUAGAGGGAUAAACAUAUUUCCUUUAUCAUUUGUGGUGAACUUUUUCCGAGAACACAAAAUCACCAGAAAAAUGCAAUUUAUUAUGUGGUUCAGUGGAUUAAGAGGUGCUAUUGCUUUUGCUUUGAGUCUUCAUCUGGACUUUGUGGAACCAGUAAAAUCCGUGUUGGUGACAACAACUCUUAUCAUUGUCCUAUUUACUAUAUUAUGUUUAGGAGGGGCCACUAUGCCGCUUAUGAAAGUAUUAAAUGCUAACACAACCAAGAAGAAAAAGAAAUCCAAGAAAAAGCGUCAAAUCACUUUCAGUAAAACAAAAGAAAUGGGAGAAACUGUAGAUUCUGAACAUUUAUCAGAACUUACAGAAGAAGAAUACGAAAUGAAUUUUGUAAAACCAAAUCAAAAAGGAUUUUUGAAAUUUGAUGCAAAAUAUUUAGUACCAUUUUUUACUCGACGUUUUACUCAGCAACAGGUUCGUGAAGGAAGAAAUCAUAUGGAUAAUUUAACAAAACAGUGGUAUCAAGAUGUCCGAGCCGCUCCAUCAGAAUCAGAAUCUGAAGAUAAUAAUGAUGAUCAAACUAAAGCUUUAAUGACUACAACUGUUCUUGGCUAG